UUGAUGAUUCUUACUGCUGGAGAAUAAAUGACCAAGAGCUCAGUUCUUUCUCGGCAAAGAAGACAUGGGAGUCUGUUAGACAACGCGAGGAGGAGAAGCCAUGGACCUCUAAUGUGUGGUUCAAAGGCUCUAUCCAAACCAUCUCUUUUUAUUAUGUGAAGACAGCUUCCAUCAGGUAUGAUUGUCCUCGGUCCUUCACCUUCGUUUUGUAGGAGCAGCUGCUCACCUUCGUUUUCUGAUACUCCUAAAAGGAAAAGAAGUAGCAUCUUAUGUGGUGGGAGUCAAUAUAGGCAUAUACAUUCUUCUGGGAGAUGUAAUAAUAAGCUGAGUGUUGUACCUUUGCUUAGAUAUGGUGGUGAUAGUAGAGGAGGGUCAUCUUUAGGGAUUGAUGAUGAUCUUUCAACUAAGUUCGGAGAGAUUGAUUUAGAGUCUCAAAGUAGAUUAGAUGGGGGAAGAUGGUCUACUAGUUGUAAGAGUCAAGAAGAAGGAAGUACACCGGAAAAUAUGCAGAGUUUGAGUAAUAAGUACAGACCGAUGUUCUUUGAUGAACUCGUCGGACAGAGUAUAGCUGUUCCGUCAUUAAUGAACGCUUUGAAGAAGGGUAGGGCUGCUAGUGUUUAUCUCUUCCAAGGUCCUAGAGGAACUGGGAAGACAUCUACUGCGAGGAUCUUCUCGGCCGCCUUGAACUGUGAUGUGGUGGCUGAAGAAAUGAAGCCUUGUGGGUACUGCAAAGAGUGUAGUGAGUUCAUGGCAGGGAAGAGUAGGCAAUUCUGCGUUGUGAAGGGAUAA